CGGCACCCACCUUCGGCCCAUUUCAGCCAUUUCCUUCGGAACGCCGAUCCCAUCCCAAGCGUAGGCAACGCGGUAAUCGGUCCCGGGCGCCCCCGCCGCUCCGCGGAUUCCACCCUCCGCACGCUUCGUUCGUAUCCCCAAAACGAACCAUAAAACCGAAGCCCCAAGCGUGACGGCUCCCCAACCAUCCAACGGAGACCAGCUCUCCUCUUUCCCCAACCGAAAGCGCGACGAACGAGGCAUCCAUUACCCUCCCCGGUCGUCGAGGGCAUUUUCGUCAUUCCAUGCCCCUACUACCCCUUCCCCCCCGUCCGUCCCCGGACCCGGCGCGUCGUCUUGUAAUCAUCGUCUAAAAUUCCCUUUUUAUUUCCCGUCAAAUUCGAAACCCACCCUCUUCCCAUCCCAAAACCAACGGCCGCGAUGCACCUGCCGACGAGCCCAUCCGACACGCACCGCGUGGUCUCGACGCUGACGCCAGCACGAAACCCCCGCGCGCUAACGUCGGCGCCCGCACGCGUGCCCCCCGGCGACCGCCCGUACUCGCACAUGCGCCCCAACCCCCUUCCCAGCCGGCGCCCUUACCCCUUAUUCGUUUUCCCCACCGUCAAAACCGCCGACCCACCGAGCGAUAGGGAGAGGAAAUAUUAGGGCUGGCGAUAGAGAUCGAGAAUAGGUUUGGGAAUAGAGAAGAUCGGGCAUAGGAAUAGGAUGGAGGGGAGGGAGACGAAGCCGCCGCCUCCCAACCCGGCGAUGCCGUACCGGGAGGACUGCUGGAGCGAGGGAGCGACCGCGGCGCUCAUCGAGGCCUGGGGGGACCGCUACGUCGAGCUCAAUCGGGGAAACCUCCGACAGAAGCACUGGCAGGAGGUCGCCGACGCCGUCAACUCCCGGCGGGGCGCCGCGCGCCGCCCGCCGCGCACCGACGUCCAGUGCAAGAACCGGAUCGACACCCUGAAGAAAAAGUAUAAGACUGAGAAGACCAAGAUCGUCGAUGGCGCCGUCGAGAGCCAGUGGCCCUUCUACUCCCGUCUCGACGCCCUCAUCGGCGACUCCUUUCCCACCAAGAAACCGCCGCACCCGCCGUCGCCGCCUCUCGCCCUCCCCCUCACCUUCCACCGCAAGGGAUCCCCCCUCCCGGCGGCAGCGGCCGCUGCAGCCGCUGCCGCCGCCGCGGCGCGCCCUCUGGAUUCGAAGGAGAAGCGCCCCGCGGCCACCGCGCUCCCCGUGGACGACGCCUUCUUCCGGCGGAACUACUCCGCGGCGGCCGCGGCCGCCGCGGAGAGGGAGUCCGAGUCCUCCUCUUCGAGAUCCAGUGUGGAGAGGUCGAGGUCGAGCAGGGAAAGGCUUUCGAGGGGGUGGAAGAGGAGACGGGAAGGCUACGGAGAGGGAUUCCGGCAGCUGGCGAGGGCGAUCCGAAGGCUGGCGGAGAUCUACGAGAAGAUAGAAGAGGAGAAGCAGCAGCAGAUGAUCGAUCUCGAGAAGCAGCGGAUGGAGUUUGCCAAGGGGCUGGAGUUCCAAAGGAUGCAGAUUUUUGUGGAUUCCCAGGUCCAGCUGGAGAAGAUCAAGCGAUCCAAGCGAGUUGAUGCUGAGAGUUACCUAAGUUAAAUUUCUGGGGAGACUCAAAUUGGAUGGUGUUCCUUGGAGAUGACUUGAAGUUCAAUGGAAUGGUCUCGAUUGCCAACCUAAGUUUAAAGAUGCAAGUUGACAGUUCUAUAGCUGCGAGUCUGACAGCCUUGUAAGCUAAUAUGAGAUCUUUAGAUGAGUGGGACUUUAGGAGAAAGAAGUUGGUAGACUGUUGCUAGUAACUAUUGUCGGAAUUUGCUAUUUAAGCUUGGUAUGUUAUUGAGAUUGUGAACAUGCAAUGGCUUUCAAAACAUGCGAAACUUUGAAUGGUCAUGCUACUCUUUGUUAUCGUA